CUAUUGUUGCCAUUCGUACUGUUCCGAUUAUUGCUGGAUACGUUUAUCUGAUUGUGGCGUGUGUUUGGUCUGCUUCAUUCCGAAAUUAUAUUUUUUUUAUAUUUUGCAAUACCAAUAGCAGUAAUAUUAGAAUUUACAUCAACCAACGAUGAGUCAAUCAGAAGAAGAAACAUCCGGAACAGAAUCUCCGUUUCUCAAAUCGCGAACAGUUACCCGCAAUGAAAGUUCUUCAGAGGAGUAUGAAUCGGAUCAGGAGGAAAGCGGCGACGAAAAUGAACAACAGCAGUCUGAUACCGAAGAAUCAGAAGUGGUGCAAGCUAAACCCCCUACAGUCAGCAUUCCACAAUCGGCGCCAAAGCCCAAUAUUGAGCCACGCGCUCCACGUCCGACAGUAAAAUCGAAGUCGUACGACGUUAUGAUAUUGGAUGCAAUGAAUGCCCUCGACGAAAACAAGAAGUCCGGGGUGUCCAUCAGAAGCGUUUCGAAGUACGUUCAGGAUAACAUGCCAGUACCUGAGAACUUCAAAAUGUUCAUGUUCAAAAAGGCCGUCGACAAAGCACUGAGCAAGGAUAUGUUCGUUCACACUUCUGGAACGGGAAUGGCGGGAUCGAUUGCUUUCUCAGCGGCGCACAAGAAAACGAAGAAACUUCAGCAGGCGAAGGAGAUGAAGGCUGCUGAGAAAAAAGCGAAAACAGAAGCGAAAGCCAAGGCGAAGGCUGAAACGGCAAAGGCUAAGCCAAAAACCACCAAAGCCGCUGCCAAGCCAAAACCAAAGGAUAAAAACAACAAUCCUUCUGAAAAGCUAGCGGACUCGAAAAACACAACCGUGAAAGGAAAGAAAGCCAGACUUUCCGUGUCCUUAUUACCUACCUUGAAAGCUAAAGCUAAGCCGAAACCGAAGGCAGCUGUGAAAUCUGAAACAGAAGCACCAAAAACGACAACCACCAAAGAGGUAAAGAAGGCCGGGGUAGACGCGACUGAGCAAAGCACCAAAGGAAGAGCAAAAGCCGGCCCACCCAAAGCAGCGACCACAAAAGGCAAGGCUGCGAAUUCAAAAAAGUAGGCAUGCUUUCAAAAUUUGGUUAAAGUUUUAGCACAUUUUGUAUUUUCUCAUUAUAUUUAUUAUAAGUUGAAGCAAUGUUAGAUAAAUAAAUUGUUUUUUUUACUG